ACCACUCCACCCAAAACCCAAUUCCUCCGACAAGGUUCAGGGUAAUGUAGAAAAAUUCCCAAACCUCUAUAAAGAAAAAAAUUUCCUAACAAAAAAAUUCCUCGCAUAAAGCCAAAAAACUCUCGUUCAUCAACCGCCUCUUUCCUUCCUCAUAAUUUCUACUGUACCGUAAAAGCGUGGCCAAAGCAAAAGCAAUUAUCUACCAAUCCAACCAUCUCAAAGCUCAGCCAGUUUCGAUUUAAGGUUUGAUUACUGAUAUUUUUUGGAGAUAUGGAUGCUGAUGAGAUAGGGUCAUCGAGGAGAAAACAUUCGCCUGAAUCAAAAUUUAGCUUCGAGGGAGAAAUUGAGGAUGGUAAGACAAAGAAAGCAAAAUUAGGGUUUGAGGAAGACAGGGUUAUGGCGUUGUUGUAUGGUAUUAGUGAGAUGGGUUACCUCUAUCGAAACUCUGGUGAGCGGGUUGAAGUUGAUUUGAAUACAGUUAAGGGUAAAUACCUUCUGUUUGUUUGUUUUUACUUGCCUCCAUAUUUCAGAGGAGAUUUUGAAUUUGAUUCAGUCUAUUCCCAAGAUCUUAUUCCUACAUGUUUUGAUCUCUAUUCUCAUAGAGAUGAUUUCGAGAUAGUUUUGGUUACCAAGUUGGCUGAUGAUAAUCCUGAUUCUGAGCCGGCUUUCAACGACCCAAUGAGGGUUUUUCCAAUGUCCUGUCUUUCUGUACCAUUCGAGCGUCGUAACUUUAUAUGCGACUUCUUUGAGCCGCGUCUUCCUGUUGCUGCUGGUGAUGGUAUUCGUUUUAAGUGCAUUUUUGUCAAUGUCGCCGAAAAUAUUCUGCUCUUUGCACACCUCAAUGAUUCCAUGACUUCUUUAGUAGGUCAUCUCAAGGAUCUUUUACGGAAGAGCUCAUUUGAUGUCCAACGUUCUUAUCAAAGGCUUGCGAAAAAUAUGUGGCCCGUCAAAUCUUUCCUUUCACUAACAGCAUAUUAUUGUCCUAUAGCUAGAAUUUUUCAAAAUGUGAAGCCGGAAUAUUCUGAUGAUAUCAAUACCAUGGUUUCUCAACUAUUUCCCAUCCAGAUUGGCCAGUCAUUUGAUGCUAAAUUCCUGUUGUCCGGUGGUUUGAAUGAGUUGGGUUACCUUGUCCGAAUAGGUGGUGAGCGAGUGGAACUUGGCAAGGCAAUUCGGGACAAAUACAUAAUGGUUUGUUGUUUUCACGUGCCUAUGUUCCAUGGAGGAUGGAAUUCAAGUAUGGUUCAGAGUCUAAUAAAUACAUGCUCAGAAUUGUAUGCUGCAGAUAUGGAUUUUGAAAUGGUAGUGGUUGCAAAGAUGAAGAAACUAGCUGAUCACAAGCAGGUUUUUGAUCACUUCUUGUCGGGAUUUCCCUCUUCUUGUUUUGUAAUACCAUUUGAGGACUCGAAGCGUCGAAAUUUUAUAUGCAAGUACCUUGAACUCGAUGAUAUUCAAUGCCUGCUUCUGGAUAAGAAGGAAAACAUUCUACUUCAUGGAUAUCCUAGGUUUGCGCGGUCUUAUGGAGCCGACGCCUUUCCCUUUACUGAUGAGAAGCUGCAGAAACUUAAAGCCGAUGAAAAACGGAACCGGGAAACUUUUAAUAAUUACAUUGUGCAACUUUUGACAUCCAAUCCGUCUGUUAUUCUAAGAAAGACCAAUGCAGCAGAUGGUUCUGACACGAUGACUAUUUCAGACCUCAAUAAGAAGGAUGUUGUUGGGUUGUUCAAGUGUGUUAAUGGAAAACUCAUUCCCAAGCUCCAGGAGGUAUAUGAACAAUGCAAAAUUCAGCAGAAGCCAUUUGAAGUUUUGCUGGUCUACAUACCCUUUUCUAACAGUCUUGACCCGAAAAAUCACAAGUUGUAUAUUGAUAAUCUGCUGCAGAAGCACAAGUUAUCUUUGUGGUAUAUGCCCUUUAAUAAUUCUGUACACCACAAACUCUGUCGAUUUACUAACAGCUGCUUUGAUCAGCUCAUCAUCUUUAGAGCCCAGGAUGCACAUAUUGAUAUUUAUGGUGCAGAGGUCAUGAUCACUUUUGGAAUAGAUGCUUAUCCGUUUUCCAGAGAGGAACUUGUCCAACGGGAAUUGAACAAGUUCAAGGAAGUCACCUUGGAGACAUUGUUGGUAUCUAAGUCACGGGAUUACCUUCUUAAAGGAGGCGCAAAUAUUCCUGUGGCACACCUCAGGGGAAAGAAUAUACUUGUUUGGAUUAGUUCUCUUUCUGUCAAUUGUAUUCCUUUUUAUCAUAAACUAUUUCUUUGGUACAAAGAGAAUCAGGCGAAAAAUCCUGAUUUCGAAGUGGUCUUUGUUCGGAAACAUUCUUCCGAUCCUAUGGACGAUGAUUUAACACUGUCUGAUGUAAUGCCAUGGUUGGUAUGCCCUUUUGACGCUGAUCACUCAUCUUCCGUGCAGGAGAAAUUAUUCCCGAAUAUGAGGUUAAAUGAUGAUGAUCUUGUGCAAUUUGGAACAGAUGGACUGCUUUGUUCAUUGAAAGCUGGGUACCUUCUACAUAUUGGUGUUGAUGAAUGUGGAAAAAUUCCAUUUGGUGGUUCUAAUCUACACCGCGAAUUCCUUUGCAAAAUUUGUGACAGUAUCAGGAUGUCGGACUCAUUGACAAUUCUAGAAUGAAUCUGCCAAAUGUGGCUCUUUAGUUCCAAUUUCUAGAGACGUUGCUUUUACUUGCUUAGUUUCUGGUAUUUUUACUGGACAGAUUUCUAUUACCAUUUACCAGUGAUGUAUUGUCUGUAAGACGCUAUGAUCAAGAAACAGUUUGCUCAGUUGGCUUU